AUGUCGACCUCAGAGACCGCCUCGCCCAUUGGCAUUGCCAACCUCCCCAACCAGCGUCACAAGAUUGUCGCGAAGCGGGGUGCAGCUUUCACUAUUAUGGUUGCCGGAGAGUCGGGAUUGGGAAAGACGACCUUCAUCAACACCCUCUUCUCCACCACCAUUAAGAACUAUGCCGAUCACAAGCGCCGCCACCAGAAGCAGGUCGACCGAACCGUGGAGAUUGAGAUCACCAAGGCCGAGCUCGAGGAGAAGUUCUUCAAAGUCCGCCUCACCGUCAUUGAUACCCCUGGAUUCGGAGACUACGUGAACAACCGCGAUUCAUGGCAACCCAUUAUCGAGUUCUUGGAUGACCAGCACGAGUCGUACAUGCUCCAGGAGCAGCAGCCCCGCCGAACCGACAAGAUCGACAUGCGUGUUCACGCCUGCCUGUACUUCAUCCGCCCCACCGGACACACCUUGAAGCCUCUCGAUAUCGAGGUGAUGAAGCGCCUGAGCUCCCGUGUCAACUUGAUCCCUGUGGUUGCCAAGGCUGAUACCCUGAGCCACGCCGAUCUGGUUCGCUACAAGGAUAGAAUCCGCGCUGUCAUUGAGGCCCAGGGCAUCAAGAUUUACUCCCCACCCGUGGAGGAGGACGAUGAGCACGCUGCUUCUCACGCCCGCAGCCUCAUGGCUGCCAUGCCUUUCGCCGUCAUCGGUUCCGAGAAGGACGUCAAGGCCAAUGAUGGCCGUGUUGUCAAGGGUCGUCAGUACGCUUGGGGUGUCGCCGAGGUGGAGAACGAGGACCACUGCGACUUCAAGAAGCUCCGCUCGAUCCUGAUCCGCACCCACAUGCUCGACCUUAUUCACACCACGGAAGAAUCGCACUACGAGGCCUACCGUGCCCAGCAGAUGGAAACCCGCAAGUUUGGCGAGGCCCGGCCACGCAAACUCGACAACCCCAAGUUCAAGGAGGAAGAGGAGACUCUGCGCAAGCGGUUCACCGAGCAGGUCAAGGUCGAGGAGCAGCGUUUCCGCCAGUGGGAGCAGAAGCUCAUCUCAGAGCGCGACCGCCUCAACAAAGAUCUCGAGGCUACUCAUGCAGCUAUCAAAUCCCUCGAGCAGGAGAUCGAGGGCCCUGUCAACGCGGUAACCUUUUCAAGCUCCGGCGGCACCUAUGUCCUCACAGGCUCCACAGACCGAGCAAUACACCUUUCGCGCGCCAUUCCAAACUCCAAUAGCACAACAGCAGUCGAAACCACAACCCCUAUCCAAAAAUACGAAGCGCAUGGCUACUCCGUCCUCGACAUCGCCGUCGCAGCCGACAAUGCACGCUUCGCCAGCGUAGGAGGCGACCGACAAGUCUUCCUCUGGGAUGUGGAACAAGGCAUAACAACAAAACGCUGGUCGGGCCAUAACAACCGAGUCGAAGCCGUGCAAUUUGCCGGCGAUGGCGACUCAGUCGUAGUAACUGGUAGCGCGGACACAACAAUCAACCUUUGGGACACCCGAUCCUCAAGCUACAAACCUAUCCAAACCCUCACCGAUGCAACCGACACCGUCUCUUCGCUACACGUGCAUAUGGGGAGUUACUCGAUAGCAAGCGGUAGCUAUGAUGGACGCGCGCGGAUCUACGACGUGCGCACGGGGAAGACGACCGUCGAUGUACUCGCGCAGGCGGUUACGAGUGUGCGCUGCUCGAGCGAUGGGAAUGCGCUGCUUGUUUCCACGCUGGGUGGGAAUAUCCGUAUGCUAGAUCGGAUGGAUGGGAAGGUUCUUAAUUCGUUUGGGGGUGAGAAGGGUGGGAAGUCGCGGUAUUCGUAUCGGAAUUCGGAGCUGAGGGUGCGCUCUGUUUUUGCGAUGGGGGAUGCGGUUGUGCUUAGUGGGAGUGAGGAGGGAGGAGGUGACGGGGGGAAGGGGGCGGCGGCGUUUGCUUGGGAUGUUGUUAAGGGGGAGGUUAUCGCUGCUGUGCCUGUUGGGGAGAAGGUUAAGGCUGUUAGUUGUGUGGCGUGGAACGAGGGUGUUGGGGAUUGGGCUGCUGGGUGCACUGAUGGUAAGGACUUUGGUGUUUUUGAGGGCUGGAUAUCUGCUGACUGUUGUCUCAAGGUACCGUCAGAGUCUAUGGAUGAAGUUGGGCCAUUUCCAGAUGUCUCGGACAAGGCUGUCAUGAUAGGACUAGUUUCUCGUCUCGUAUCGACGUCCAGCAUCGCGGGUUUUGAACUACCAUGCGCUACCUUAUUCCACCGCCAAAACAGGAGAGAGUACGGGGCCCUGUGA